UGGCGCCAUCUCCGGGGGGCGGGGUCCUGCUGAUGUAACCGUGGCGACGGCUGUGCGGAAGGGGCCUCACCUGGCGUCUCCGGGGCCGCUCACCUGGCGGAGGAUGUCGGGCGGCAAGAGCGUGUCGUUCGCGGGAUGCGGCUUCUUGGGCGUUUAUCACAUCGGCGCCGCCACCUGCCUGCAGGAGCGCGCCCCGCAGCUCGUCCGCGACGCGCCCCACGUCUACGGCGCCUCGGCCGGAGCCCUCACCGGAGCCGUCCUGGUCGGAGGCGGCUCUUUGGCGGAAUCUUGUGCAGAUGUUCUGAGGCUCGCCAGAGAAGCAAGGAAGCGAAAUCUUGGUCCACUUCACCCUUCCUUCAAUGUGAUGAAGAUAAUAAGAGAUGGACUCCGCAAAAAUCUUCCAGAAAAUACUCAUCAGUUGAUGUCAGGGAAAUUGUGCAUUUCACUUACUCGAGUGUCUGAUGGCAAAAAUGUGUUGGUAUCCAACUUUAAUUCUAAAGAAGAAGUUGUUCAGGCUUUACUUUGCAGCUCCUUUGUACCGAUAUACUGUGGCCUCAUUCCACCUUCAUUUAGAGGGGUGCGCUACAUGGACGGUGGAAUAAGCAACAAUUUACCUCACUAUGACUCAAAGAAUACCAUCACAAUUUCACCUUUCUCUGGGGAGUGUGAUAUUUGUCCUAAGGGCAACUCUCCAAACUUCCAUGAAAUGAAUCUGACCAAUACCAGCAUUCAGUUUACUUUAGGGAACAUAUAUCGUUUGACUCAAGCACUUUUCCCUCCAGAACCCAAGGUACUAGGAGAGAUCUGUGAACAAGGAUAUUCAGAUGCGCUUAGAUUUUUGAAAGAAAACGGUAUACUGCAUGACUCAAUCUCUGUCAUCUUACCUUUAAAAAAGAGAGGUUAUACACAAACCUCAGGUUAUACUGAUAAGACAACAGUUGCAGAAAAUCAAGGCAAACAAAAUCUGCUAAAGGAAGAAAUUCUCAUUGACCAACUGAAGCUAGCCUCGUGGCCAUUGGACAAAGCUAUUUUUGACAAUCUACCUCCUAGACUUCGCAAAGCAUUACAGGAGGCUUGUAAAGAAAGAUGCGGACUCUAUGCUCAGCUUUCUAAAUGUCUACCUAUGAGACUGAUGUCCUAUAUGAUACUGCCUUAUACCCUGCCAGUUGAAUCUGCAUAUUUUGUGGCCUUAAGAUUAGUAGACUGGUUUCCUGAUAUCCCCAGCGAUGUGCAAUGGAUGCAGGCGCAACUUCGUCAGAUUGCGGGCGCUAUAUAUUCCAAAGCAAGAAAAAGGCUACUAUGUUUUCCAAGUAAUGAAAGCCAUAUGCUGAUUAGAAAAUGCCAGACUGCACCACUGAAUAUGGAUCUCUCAUCUCCUUGCUGCCGUUCUAAAAUGCCUCAUUCUUCUGCACACCUCGAAGAAUGGUUUUUUGAUCUUCCCUACUGUGAUGAGUCUGCUAGGAAAGAAGUUGAAGUUGAUACAAACGAAAGCUUUGUGUCCAUUCCCCCUUUUUUCAUGAACUCUCAAGAAUCAGGUGUGGAAGUGGAUUUUGAUUCCUUCUCUGAGCAAAGCUUCCAGACUGCCUCAGAAGACUAGACUAGCUUGAGAACUGCUAUAUCAGGCAGAGAAAUCUAAAUCUUGAAGGGCGUCGAUUGCUGUAGCAUCUACCAACUUGUCUUUGGAAGAUACUGUCUAUAAUGGAUGACAGAUUGCCUCAGGAAAUCUCUUUUGGCGAGAUAAUUAUAAAAUAGUGACAAAUGGCUUCUGAUCCAUCUUCCUGAUGGAUUAAAUGUCAGCUGAAGAUAGGGUCCCAGUGCAAUACAACAAUGUUGACCAAACAAGAUCCCCACUAGGAAAAAUUACCAAAUAAUGGCUUGAGUUUUUAUAUUGGGGCAAACAUUCGUAGGUAAAAAGAGCUUUCGAAAUGAUUUAACUUUUAAACAGUCAUUUUCGACUUGCCUUUAUAAAUAGUGCUUAGCGCUUGAGUAAAACAAACAUCUGUUCUUACAAAGGGAUAUAGCCUAUAAGCUUUUAAUGUUUGAAUUUGUCUUACACGUAAAUGUAUCGUCUAUAUGGGAAGUGUUAGUGUCUUGGUCAAACUAUUGUGAAGCUUUUCUUUUUCCAGAGGCUCAUCUAGAAAUAAGGUGUUCCGGCAUUAGAAAUAUGAAAAUUGUUAAUAUUUCAGCACACAUGUGCUGUUGCAUAACAAAACAUCCUUAAUGACUCAACUUAAGGCUAUACUUAAAAUAUUUUAGAUGAAAGCACAAGUUCAGGACUUUUCCUGGGAAGAUGGUAUAGGUGUAGCAAAGCUACUUUUGAGGUAGGAAUGUGAUUGAAGAUGUCAUCUUGACAUGUCUAGAAUAAUUCCUUUAUAUGGCAUAAAGAGUAGAACCUGAAGAGCAAAAAGCAUCUGAAAAACUGAACUGUAUGUCAUUACAACUUAAUUUACAAUAAUAAUAAUAAUUAUCACCGUAUAAAACCCAUUUUCAUCUCAAUCUUUACUGAGGAAAAUGUGCCAAAGUGAUUUAUUCUAGGAUAAAGCCAUCAAGUUGCCAAUGACAAUCUGGUGACAGCCGUGUAUGUCAUAAAGAAAACUACUUCUGAAGUGGCUUGAAUAUUUAAGCAAUAUGCAACACAACUUCUCAGAUCUGCUUGAUACCUUUUAUAUAAGUGCACCUCACUUCUCAGUAUUACUACUUAAAGUGAUCAGGUUACUCUAUUCUAUUCAGUUCUUGUUUUUGGAAAAGCUUACAGAAGAGUUCUCAUCAUGUUACAUCACUGAACUGGUGACAGGUAAGCACUCCCCAACCCCGAGUACUGUAGAUGGUUGAACUGGUCUGGCAAGCUGAUAAGCAGACCCUCCGUUGUGAUUAAAUAAAAAAUGUUUUGUGUUUCAGUGCAAUAAUCAAAACUGCUUUAAAGGGGUGAUAAAAGUUUUUCCAGAUGUUGUUUAAUUGACAUUUGCGAUAUUUUUGUUGGUGCUGUGUUACUCAAAAUGUAUAUUUACUUACUGUGAAAUGUAGUGUGUCUGAUGUACUCUUCUUAAAACUCUUGAUUUUAUUUCUAAAAUCAGUUGCUAAAUUCAUUCUACAACCACUUUAGGAGAAGCACAAUAAUGACAGAACAUACGAAACUGAAACUUGAUAAUAACUAAACUGUGUGAUGUCCUCUAGAAAUAAAUGGUUACCACCAAAA